AAUUUACACUCUGGGCAGGCUUUUUUGAUCAUUUUCUUGGGGCAGGAGAAAUAUAUUUUUGUGGUAGUAUCUCCUGGAAAUGUUGACACUUGUCUUUCCAGUCGGCAAUACAGGUCAUUUUCCCAUGGCAACACUUUCCCGCGUAAACAAAUACCGCGCUAUUUGGAAGUAACUGGAAGAAGAGGGAGUGUGUACUCAUGGAUUACGAGAAACAUUUUCACUUGAGUGUUUUUGGGCAAUUGGAGACAAUUUUCCUGCCUCUGGGAUGUGACAGUAAGUCUGUCUAUUGUCGCUAUGAAAUUCUUGCUGGACCAGAUUGGGAAUUGGUGUCAGGAACAAAGUCUGGAAUAACACAGAAUUGCUCAGCUUCACGACAUCGUUUCCAGGAAAUCUCCUUCAAUAUGCCUCUGGACUUUACGUACAAAUCUACAAAUCCUUUCGGAUGGCCUCAGAUUGUCGUUAGUUUCUGGGGAAGUAAUUUCUGGGGCAGUGAAGUCUGUCGAGGAUAUGCCAGAUUUCACGUUCCUCUGUCCAGAAAACACAGCUAUAGGAUUAAGGCUCCUAUCCUUACGCCAAAACCCAUGGAUUUGUGGUCAAAAGUCGUUGGAUGGAUCACAGAUUGGGUACCUGAAUUGAGAGAUCCAUCUGUCUUAAUUCAUGGAAAUCGUACCAAAGGUAUUCAUACGGAAUCCUAUGGGUAUUUGCAGGCAUCCUUUGAUAUACUAACCAGAGGCAGUGAAGCUCUGCAUUUGGAGUGGAAUUCACGGUGAUUUGCCAUUGAAAAGUUUGAUUACCAAAAAUAUAUACAUACCUCCUACA